GAGAGAGAGAGAGAGAGAGAGAGAGCACUACCCAAACAUCUCCUGCACGGGAGGAAAGAGGAGAGAGAAUAAAGCGUUUUCUUCGGCGGUGGCUGCUCCUACGCCCUGGGGGCCGUCAGGCUGAGGAUCUGGGGAAGCGCACUGGACGGAGCAAGCGCAGGUGUGAGUGAGGACCCGGGGAGCCGAGCCGGGCCGAGCCGGGAUGCAGAACCUGCGACACGCAGCCACAGAGGCGUUCCAUCGCCUGGGUCUGAAGCACAGACACCUGGGAUAUGAGGAGGCCUGUCGAUGCACUGGAGCGGUGGGCGAUGAGAGGGAGAGAGAGAGGGCAGGAGAUGAGAGGGAGAGAGAGAGGGCAGGAGAAGAGAAGGAGAGAGGGCUGAUGGAGAGCUGGAGCGGGCGGGUCAGGACGAUGGGGGCCGUGUGUAUCCAGCGAUGGUGCUGCUGUGGCUCUGGAGGAACACAGGGAGUGAGGAGGGAGGAGAUGGAGGAGUGCCCGGGAGAGGACAAGAGCGAGGCGUCCCUAGACCCCCCCUCCGCAGAGCUCAGUGACCUGGAGGACCAAAGCUAUCCCAGCGAGCCCCAGCCUCACUGGUUCCACACACUGCAGGUCCGCCGGUUAAGGGUUCAAAGAUCGCGGAGCAACAGCGACCCCCUCGGGGGUAAAAGCUUUGAGCAGGAGUUCCAAUGGAAAACCGGUCUGCAGUUUGGAACGGCCACUUCCUAUCUGAACCUUGAGAAGCUGGGAGAGGGAGCCUAUGCCACCGUGUACAAGGGAAUCAGCAGGAUUAACGGGCACCUGGUGGCUCUGAAGGUGAUCCGGAUGAAGACAGAGGAGGGAGUUCCCUUCACUGCGAUCCGAGAGGCUUCCUUGUUGAAAGGGCUGAAACACGCCAACAUUGUUCUCCUGCACGACAUCAUCCACACGCGAGAGUCACUGACCUUCGUCUUUGAGUACGUGCAGACGGAUUUGUCCCAGUACAUGACGCAGCACCCAGGAGGCCUGCACUCCCACAAUGUCAGGAUCUUCAUGUUCCAGCUGCUGAGAGGUCUCGCCUACAUCCACAGUCACAGGAUCCUGCAUAGAGACCUGAAGCCCCAGAACCUGCUCAUCAGCUACCUGGGGGAACUCAAGCUGGCUGACUUCGGGCUUGCUCGCUCCCAGUCCAUCCCCAGCCAGACCUACUCCUCCGAGGUGGUGACCCUGUGGUACCGUCCCCCAGACGUGCUCCUGGGCUCCACAGACUAUUCCACAGCGCUGGACAUCUGGGGCGCCGGCUGCAUUUUCAUCGAGAUGCUCCAGGGGGCGCCAGCGUUUCCCGGGGUGACAGACGUCUUCGAGCAGCUGCAGAAGAUAUGGGCGGUUCUGGGGGUCCCCACAGAGGAGACGUGGCCUGGGGUGAACGAGCUGCCCAAUUUCAGACCAGAAUGGUUGCAUCCUUGUGAACCGCAGCUGUUCCGGAAUGUUUGGAAAAGGCUCGGGCAGUUGCCCUAUAAGACGGAGGACUUGGCGCAGCAGCUGCUGAGGGGGGAGCCUCGAGACCGAAUCUCCGCCCAGGACGCCCUGCAGCAGCCCUACUUCAACACCCUGCCCCCCCCCCUCACACACCUGAGAGACACGGUGUCGGUGUUUAAGGUCCCGGGGGUGAGAUUAGAGGCAGAGGCAAGAGACAUCUUCAGCCCGGGGAAACGCCACCGACCCCCCCUCGCCAAGUGCUGGUGACCCCCCCGCCCCCCGUCCUCCACCUGCCGACACAACCCCUCCCUCUCCGACCCUUCAUGGACACGCCCAGAGGGAGCAUCAGAACCCCGCCCAUAACCCUGUACGGACCAAUCAGAGUGGCUGUGUGAGGAUGGAAGGCGUGGCAGAGAUGUCCCUCCGGCUUCCCAUCCUGCCCCUCGAACCCACCCAAAAACAAAACCUCACUUUUAUUAGUGCAGUGUAAAUAAAACAGGCGAUUAAUGUCCACUUGAAUAGCUGAUGAAUAAAAUGUUAUUAAUCCUGUUCUAAUGUGUCUGUCAGGACCCUUCUCCCCUCUCCCCAUAAGGGGGCGCUGUCCAUCGCACUGGACAGAGAUCCUCCACUGACCCGGAAAUCAAUCACAGUCCCACAUUCCCGCCCGUACUCCAAUCCUGGAGCGAGGAAACAAGACCGCAUCCUUUACGAAAGUAUUUUACAAAAGCAGAGAAAUUAUCAACCUGUGGAUCCACCUCUCCCCAUCUGCCACAUCUGUAACUGACCUGUGGAUCCACCUCUCCCCGUCUGCCACGUCUAACUGACCUGUGGAUCCACCUCUCCCCACCUGCCACGUCUGUAACUGACCUGUGGAUCCACCUCUCCCCAUCUGCCACGUGUGUAACUGACCUGUGGAUCCACCUCUCCCAAUUUGCCACGUCUGUAACUGACCUGUGGAUCCACCUCUCCCCACCUGCUACGUCUGUAAUUGACAUGGCUUAAAACCGACGCUUGAAAGAGCAAAGAAAUUCAACUUUCCUAAAACACAAAUACAUGUUUUCUUGAUUAUACUUUUACUUGUUUUCUCCUGAUCCACAUUCCGCCAUUCCAGCCUUUCCGUGCGUCGGGCGAGGAGGAGCAGACACUACGAGAAGCAGCGAUUGGACAGAGCCCUGUAGGCCACCAUCCUUCUUCCUGUUCCUCUCCUGACCUCUGACCUCUGACCUCUCUCUGAGUGAUAGUUUAUCCUCUGCUGUACUUUCACUCAACACCUGCACAGCUACAGUUUCACCUCAUACACCUCCUUUGUUAAAAAUAUCCUCCUAAAAAUAUCACAGUGUGACAGGAGAGGUGAUGUAGGAAGGAGAGCAUUCUGACGUGUUCUGUACAUUACUGACGGGUGUUAAAAACAUACUGUUUUUCCUUGCUCUAAUAAUGCAGCCUUGUUUUAUUGAAUCCGUGGUCCUAGUAUGUCCCAUCAGACCCCUGAACCAAAGACUCAAGGAUGACAAGAUUCCCACUCCCAGUGUAGAAAAAUGGCUCUUUCUAUUGGCUGAGGCAGGAAGUGAAUUCUGUCAGUCAUUGGUGGAAAUCCCAAAAACAUUGUACCAAUGCCAGCAUUCCUUUAGUAAGACGUAAUAAUACAAUAAAGCACUGCAUUGUGGGAUAGCAGCAAAGGCGGCCAUCUUGUCAGUGCCCAUCUCCUCCGCACCGCUCACCGUCUCAGUGAUGUAAACACCUGGGUGUACAGGUGACCCCACCUGCAUGCUGACAUCACACACCCUGCAGCCUCUGCCUCCACACACCUGUCAGGGGCCGGAGAGGGGCCACUUCCUGUUGGGAACUUCCUGUUGUUCUGAGUGCUGUUUUAUGUUGGUCAAUAAAAGUGCAAUGAGGACA